UCUCCCUGACGAAACUCUUUCAACGGGAGAAGUUGGAGGAGAACAGGUUUCAGCCCCGAAGAAGCGGCCAUCAGAAUUCAGUAACGGCCUGGACUAUUUUUAUCCAUAGGAAAAACGCAGCGUCUUUGUGACGUCAUCAAAGGUGGACCGCGUGGCCCUGAGCCAAACAGGAAGUGACGAGUGACGGGACGGCAGCUGCUGAAGCGUUUCGAACCGCAACCAUGAGCACUGGAGGAGGAUUGGUGACCAAUCGUGGAAGACGUUUCAAAUGGGCCAUUGAAUUGAGCAGUCCAGGCAGUGGUGGUAGAGGCCGAAGUGACCGUGGCAGCAGCCAAGGAGACACUCUCUACCCCAUAGGCUAUUCAGAUAAGCAGGUGCCUGACACAAGUGUUCAGGAGACAGAUCGCAUUCUGGUUGAAAAGCGCUGCUGGGAUAUUGCUCUCGGUCCCUUGAAGCAAAUUCCUAUGAACCUAUUCAUCAUGUACAUGGCAGGGAAUACAAUCUCUAUCUUCCCUACCAUGAUGGUCUGUAUGAUGGCCUGGAGGCCCAUCCAAGCACUAAUGUCCAUCUCUGCUACAUUCAAGCUACUUGAAAGCUCAAGUCAGAAGUUUCUUCAGGGACUGGUAUAUUUAAUUGGCAACCUGUUAGGAUUGGCCUUGGCUGUUUAUAAGUGUCAGUCAAUGGGACUACUGCCAACUCAUGCUUCUGACUGGCUGGCUUUUAUUGAACCACCUGAGCGUAUGGAAUACACAGGUGGGGGUCUAAUCUUAUGACCUAACCCUUUCCAGAAAUCAUCUGCUACUCUAGGUGUCUGCCUUGGUGUUGUGAAUUAUUCUUCCUUCUGUUGACUCCAAAACAUGGAUUUUAAGUGCAUGUUACUACAUUGUGGAACACUAGGAAGCAUUUACAAAAUGUUAUCCAGAGUAGGAAGGACCGAUGUGCUUUGGAGGAGUUGAAGCAAAAGACCCGCACUGGUUUAUUUUCCCUUGGUUAAAAGCAAAAUAAAAUUUUUAACUUUU